CUUCCGAAUAUGUCUGGCAAAGGAAAAGCUACAGGCGGCCGCGGCAAGAAGGGCAAGUCGUCGUCCCGUUCGUCCAAAGCCGGACUCCAAUUCCCUGUUGCUCGCGUCGCUCGCUACUUGAAGAAGGGCCGGUUCGCCCAACGUGUGGGAGCUGGCGCCCCCGUGUACCUUGCUGCUGUCUUGGAGUACCUGUGCGCUGAAAUCUUGGAAUUGGCUGGGAACGCCGCGCGUGACAACAAGAAGGCUCGCAUCAUUCCCCGCCAUAUUCAACUGGCUGUCCGCAACGACGAAGAGCUGAACAAGCUGUUGGGCCAUGUGACGAUUGCCUCGGGUGGGGUGCUGCCUAACAUCCACGCCGUCCUCUUGGCAAAGAAAGGAACGCCUGCAACUGUCCUGGCCAAGACACACGCCAGCAAAUUCUCGGCCUCCCAAGACUAUUGAGUUGCCUUCUUGCAUCGUACAUAAUUCCGUUUUUGUCGUUGUGUUGCUCCUCUAUAUUCAUAUCGCCACAGCAAAUAACGAU